AUGACCGUCUACGCUAACGACACUCCCUCUAACAAGUCCAAUCCAGAGAAGAACGCCGCCAGCGUGGACCACCUCAAUGAGACCAGCGUUCCCUACAUCGUUCCAGAUAAGCCCAUCACACCUGAACUCCUCGCCGCAGUCCCGGGAGGCGUCAAAGCUUCCGAGCUCUUCGAGGAUGCCGCUCCCAUCCUCGCUCUUAACCUUCCGGAUUGGCGUGCCACCGAGAAGAAGCUCGCACAAGCUCAACUCGCGGAACCGUCAAUGGGAGAGUCUCUGAACUUCGAGUCAGGUGGAGAAGACUACAACACUGCAGUGUCCUUGUUAACUGUCGGCUACAUGAUCAUGCAGUUGCCUUCGAACAUGCUUUUGACCCGCGUUCGACCAGGAAUCUACCUCCCCGCGACUGCCAUAAUCUGGUCCGCCGUCUCCGCAUGCACCGCCGCAGUCCCAGAUGUGCGAACUCUCUGGGGCGUCCGCUUCAUUCUCGGCAUGACUGAAGCGCCUCUCUUUCCCGGUGCCGUCUACCUUCUUUCCUGCUGGUACACCCGCAAGGAAAUCGCCCUUCGAAUUGCAAUCCUCUACUCUGGUCUAGUCCUCGCGCAAGCCAUGUCUGGCAUCCUCGCUGCUGGAAUCUUCAAUGGUAUGGAGGGUGUCGCAGGUAUCAUGGGCUGGCAGUGGCUGUUUAUCAUUGAGGCAUUGAUGAGUACCGUGUGUGGUAUUGCUGCUCUGUUCCUCCUGCCCGACUAUCCGGAGUCGAAAACUGGAUCGCAGAAGUGGACUAUGGAUGAGGACUGUCGCAGGUUGGCGGUUGCGCGAGUUGAAGCGGACAGAGUCACUGGUUCGACGGGCAGCGGCAAAGUUUGGGAUGGUAUCAAGCUUGUGAUGACGGAUCCCAAGAUGUACUUGUUUAUGUUCUUGAACCUGACCAUGACCGCGAGUUAUGGAUUCAACUUCUUCUUCCCCAUUCUGGUGCAAGGUCUCGGAAUCGGCAACAGAAUCGUCUCCCUCCUCCUCACCUCCCCACCCUACUUCCUCGGCGCAGCCGUCUCCUUCGCCAUCGCCCGCGACUCGGACCGCAUCCGCGAACGCGGCUACCACAUCGUCGGCAGCCUUACUGCCUCGAUGAUCGGCUUCGUCAUCACCGUCGCGACGCCGAACACAGCCGCCCGCUACGCCGCUUCCUUCCUCUACGCUCCGGGAUCCUUCUCCGCCAACGCUCUUGUCUACUCCUGGGCAGUCUCUAGCGCCGGGCAAACACCCGAGAAACGCGCCGCGGCGGGUGCGAUUGUAAAUAUCGUGGGUCAUGUCGGGAAUAUCAUUUCUCCGUACUUCUUCCGCGAUGAUACGAGGCCGGAGUAUCCGUUGGCGUGGAUUUUGAUGUUGGUGUUUGGAGCGUUGGCUAUGGGGCUGGCGUUGUCGACGAAGUUUUUCUUGAAGUUUGAGAAUAGGAGGAUCAAGAGAAGGACGGAUGAUAGUGGGGCGGUGUAUAAUCCUUAUACCACGUAG